AUGGCUCAAGCAUCUGUCGAGUCUGUGGUCCUGGAGACCACAGCUGCUGAGCAGUCAGCCUCCGUUUCCCCGGCCGUACCAAUCCAGAUUCAAAAAGUCAAGGGCAGAAAGAGGAUCUUACAGAGCCUACAACGCAUGUCUUCGUCCUCGUCGCUAGCCAAGCUUAGUAGAUCUCCCUCUUCGAGUUACCGAACAGGUGGAAGAGGCUCGGUCUCCUGCAUAUCGCUCUCCUCCGGAUCUGGUUCAUAUGGAUCGUACGGCAAUUCACUGGCCUCGGAACUUUCUGUCGGAUACUCGACAGCUCCCACUUCAGCUGUCAACACCCCCGGAAUUCCGUUUCCCUCUUUUGACGACAAGACUGCACGCUCUCGUUACCUCGCUUCCGUACCUGUCCCCGACUUUAGAACUACAACGAGGAUUGCCGAAGAGGAGGAUUACUUUUCUAUACCCGUACAAAAGGCCGCGCAGCAGUCCAAGUCUUCUUUCAACUUCUGGAAGGAUCUACCGUCCGAAUUGGCUAUGGAGAUCUUGUCAUACCUUGAACCUCGGGAAGUCGUCAGAUGCUCGGCUGUUUCAAAACAGUGGCACAGCAGAUGCUUCGAUGGUCAGCUCUGGUCAAAUCUCGACACUUCUGACUUCUAUCGUGACAUCCCUGCCAACGCGCUGAUCAACAUUGUCACUUCUGCCGGUCCGUUUGUCCGCGACCUCAAUCUCAGAGGCUGCGUCCAGCUCAGAGAACAAUGGCAUGCCAAAGGACUUUCUGGUGCCUGUAGUAACCUCGAGAACUUCUCCCUGGAAGGAUGCCGUAUCGAGAAGACAGCCAUCCAUUCCUUCCUACUGCAGAAUCCGAGGCUUGUCUAUAUCAACCUUUCAGGCCUUGCUGGUGCUACGAAUUCGGCCAUGAAAAUCAUCGCCGAAACAUGCCCCAAGCUUGAGCAUCUCAACGUCUCUUGGUGCAACAAUAUCGAUACCAGAGGAUUGAGGAAAGUUGUCGAAGCCUGCCCUGACCUACGCGACCUUCGUGCUGGCGAAGUGCAUGGCUGGGACGAUGUCGAUUUCAUGCAGAUUCUCUUUGAACGCAAUUCGCUCGAGCGACUCAUCCUGAUGAAUUGCGACUCGCUGAACGACGAUUCUUUGGCAGUCUUGAUGGAGGGACAAGACAGUGAGAUGGACUAUCUUACUGGCAGACGCAUUGCACCGGCUCGCAAGCUCAAGCACCUUGAUCUUACUCGAUGCCGUGGCAUCAGCCACAAAGGUCUGGAAAAGUGCAUCGACAGACUUCCAGAGAUGGAAGGCUUGCAACUCAACAAAUGCCAUGGCAUCACUGAUGAUGUUCUCACAUCUAUGCUGAGCGGCAUGCCCAAGCUUACGCAUCUCGACCUCGAGGAACUUAUCGAGCUGUCCAACACAGUGCUGCAAUCGCUCGCCAAUGCUCCCUGCGCAAAGAUCUUACGACACAUGUCAAUCUCGUACUGCGAAAACUUGGGAGACGCUGGCAUGCUGCCCGUGCUUAAAAACUGCACCAAUCUGGAAAGCCUCGAUAUGGACAACACGCGCGUAUCAGACCUGUCUCUUGCCGAAGCAGCAGCCAUGUUGCGUGCUCGUGCAACCCGCACCACCACACCCAAGCAACAACCUACCGUUGGCCUGCGCCUCGCCGCCUACGACUGCCAAAAUGUGACAUGGACCGGCAUCCGCGAAGUGCUAUCCCGCAACGCCGAAGUCAUCCGCAAACCCAUCGCAUCCAUCCCUUCCUCAAACCCAGCUGCUGAAGCAGAAAGAAGAACAUCAUCAGCAUCCUCGGCACCACAAACUACACGCACCUACCCAACCUCCAUCAUCCAGCUAAAAUGCUUUUACAACUACCAGCCCACGGUGGAAGAACACACCAAACGCGUAUUGCGGGGUGACUUUUCCGCUGCUACGAGGUUAGAGCGCAAAUGGGCUUGUUUCAUGAUUGCGCAGGAGGAAGCUGGUGCCAGUGGUGCUGGAGCGAGAAGACGCCGUCGCAGGGCUAGGGAGGCGCAGAUGAUGCAUGCGGAUGAAGAGGAUGCGGGUGUGAAUGGUGGAGGCAAUGCUGGUGUAGGAGGCGGAAGGAGAAGGAGGGCGAGGAGUGGAGGGUGUGUUGUCAUGUGA